UGAUUGUUAGAAGUACUAUUUACGUGUCAAAAUAAUAUUUUUUAUGUAUCCAGUGUAAAUACUUAUUGGACACUAGUUAUAGCUUAGUUGUACUUUGGUUUAAUAGAGAUUGUGGGCUACUAUGGCUCCAAAGAAGAAGCAGGUCAUCGAGGAAGAUGACGACGAACUUGCUUUGUUGGACGAAUUCAACGCGGAUCGCGGCGUUGUAAUUGAAGCUCCAGUGGAGGACAGCAAGACAAAGAAAAAGAAAAGCAAAUCUGCGAAGAAGACACAGGAAGAUGAUGCUGAAUUGGACGAGUUAUUGGACGAGCUCAAUGCCCUGGACACAAAGGGCAAGCAAGAUACCGCUGAAGAGCCGCAGGCUCCUGAGGAUGAUGCGGCCGAAUCUGAGGAGCAGGCUGCCAAGGCUCUGAAGAACAAGUUGAAGAAGGAGAAGAAGAAGCAGGCCAAGCUUGCGAAGAAGGAUGGCGAGGACCAGGAUGAGCCUUCACAGGGCACCACUUCAAAGAAGCCCAUGUCGUUGGCCGCUAGGCUUGCUGCCGAGAGGCAAAGGCAACUACAGGAGAUGGAGGAGAAGCUGCGUAAGGAGGAGGAGGAACGUAGACGCAUUGAGGAAGAGGAGCGCAAAAGGGUAGAGGAGGAGGAGCGUAAGCGGCAGGAGCAAUUGGAGGCUCGCCGUCAACAGCGUAAGGAAAGGCGUGAGCGUAUGAAGAAGGAAGGCAAGCCAAUGACAAUGAAGGAGAAGAUGGCUGCUGAGAUAAGGCGCAAGUUCCUUGAACAGGUGGAGAAGGACGGCUUGAUAGACGUUGAUCGUGAUAACGAGCCCAAGAAGCUGGACCUCAGCUCAUUCCGUAAGAAGAAGGUGGUCAAGCAAACUGGCACCGAGGGGCAGGGUGCCGCUGACGCCGCGGGCCCCGGUAUGGGCACCGAAGAAUCACACUCGUCUACGGAAUCCGAGGACGUGAUAGAGAACUGGGAGGAGUUGGACCAGGAGAGUGCGAAGGAGCCUGUGGUUCAAUCGGAACCCGUGGAGACUAAGGCGGCCCCCAAACGUGUUAAGCAUAAGGCAGAACCUCAGUCCCAGGACUCUGACGAGCCUGUUAGCGAGUACAGGUCGCCUAUAUGCUGUGUUUUGGGUCAUGUCGACACUGGUAAAACCAAGCUUUUGGACAAGAUUCGUCACAGCAACGUUCAGAAUGCUGAGGCUGGUGGUAUUACCCAGCAAAUUGGUGCUACCUUUUUCCCUAAGAAAAUGCUGGACAAGCACUGUGAGCUUAUUAACCCCGAGUUCAAGCUGAAGAGUCCCGGUUUACUGAUCAUUGACACUCCUGGUCACGAGUCGUUUAACAACUUACGUGCUCGUGGUUCUUCUUUGUGUGAUAUCGCUAUUUUGGUUGUGGACAUUAUGCAUGGUUUGGAGCCCCAAACCAUUGAGUCCAUAGGUUUGUUGCGUGGUAGGAAGUGUUAUUUCGUCAUUGCGCUUAAUAAGAUCGACCGUCUUUACAAGUGGAAGACAACUCCCUGGGCUACAUUCCACAAGACCUUUGAGAACCAACUGGAGGACACGCGUGGCGAGUUUUUCGAGCGCGCUCGGAACAUAAUGACGGAACUUUCCGAGCAGGGUCUUAACAGUGAACUAUACUGGGAGAACGACGACAUCCGUCGUAACAUUUCAAUUUGUCCCACCAGUGCCAUCACUGGUGAGGGCAUAUCAGAUCUCAUAUGCCUCAUACUCCAGUUAACCCAGAAGAUCAUGGUCAAAAACAUUACCCACAAGGAGGAAUUCAGGUGUUCCGUUCUUGAGGUGAAGGCCAUAGAGGGUUUGGGCACUACAGUGGAUGUCAUUUUACUGAGUGGUACUAUUAACGAGGGUGACAAAAUAGUUUUAUGUGGUCUUUCUGGUCCCAUAGUGACCACUAUUCGUACAUUGCUUACACCUCAGCCUUUGGCUGAGUUAAGGGUCAAGGGUGAGUACGUCAAGCACACUAGCAUCAAGGCUGCCAUGGGUGUUAAGCUCGUUGCUCAGGGUUUGGAGGAGACUGUUGCGGGUACGGAGCUGCUCUUGGUCGAGGACGACGACGACAUUGAGCAGUUGUGUGAAGAUGUCAUGCAGGACAUGUCGUCGAUAUUUGGUAACGUAAAUCGCACUGGUGUUGGUGUAUAUGUCAUGGCUUCAACCCUGGGGUCCUUGGAGGCUUUACUCCAAUUUCUGACUGAUAAGAAGAUACCAGUAUUUUCAGUGAAUAUAGGCACUGUCCAGAAGAAGGACGUGAAGAAGGCAUCCAUUAUGCGUGAGAAGGGCUAUCCCGAAUACUCCGUUAUCUUAGCGUUUGAUGUGAAAUGUGCCACUGAGGCCGAGAAGGAGGCUCAGGUACUCGGUGUUAAGAUUAUGUCUGCUGAUAUUAUCUACCACCUCCUGGAUUCCUUUGUUAAGUACCUUGAGGAAACCCAGGAGCAAAAGAAGCAGUCGCGCAUAUCGGAGGUUGUAUUUCCCUGUGAGUUAACCAUUCUACCUCACUGUGUGUUUAACAAGAAGGACCCCUUUGUCUUUGGGGUCCAUGUGGACAAUGGCAUCCUGAAGCCGAACACGCCACUCGUCGCUAUGGCCAAGGGUAACCAGUUAAUGUUAGGUCGUGUUGCCAGCAUGGAGCACAACAAGAAACCCGUGGACAAGGCCGUUAAGGGCCAGGAAAUAUGCAUUAAGGUAGUCGGCGAGCCGAAUAUAGCCUAUGGUCGUCACUUUGACUGCAACGACCGUGUCUAUUCACGUAUAACUCGUGACUCUAUAGAUGUACUUAAGGAAUACUUCAGGGACGAGAUGACGAAUGACGCAUGGAAGGUUGUAAUUCACCUUAAGAAGGUCUUUGGCAUCAUUUGAGGCCAUUAGUCCAGGAUGACGUACUUCUCUUGUUUCAGUAAAUCUCCUAUAUCUAUCCGGCAAAUAGGGCAUAUGCGGCUUCGUUUGAACCACUUUCUGAG